AUGGCACAUUAUCCAAGUUUCUUAAAUAAAAUAAAGGCUGUCGUUGAAAACUACGAUACAGUGGUGAUUGGAAAACACCUUGAACGGGUGUUGAAUUACACUGUAUCUGGCGGUAAGAAAAAUCGUGCAAAAAUUGUUGUAGCGGCUUAUAAGGAGAUUGUACCAAAGGAUAAGUUAACGGAAGAAAAUUUCUUACUAGCAGUUUAUUUAGGAUGGUGCCUUGAAGUGUUUCAUGCGUCCGUCCUCAUUUUUGACGACAUUAUGGAUGAAAGCCUAACAAGAAGAGGCAAACCUUGCUGGCAUAAGCUCCCAGAUGUUCAAUUGAAAGCCAUCAACGAUUCCUCAAUGAUGGAGGCAACAAUUUAUAAGUUUAUCAAAAAGAACUUCAAUCAUUUGCCCUGCUACGAAAAUAUCAUUGAUACAUUACACACAAAUAUUUUAAUAAUAACUGUAGGACAAUACCUGGACAUGAUAGCCAUGCACCAGGAUGUCUUAACAUUCACAAUGGAGCAAUAUAGAAAAACUGUUAUUCAUAAAACCGCUGAUUAUUCAAUUUAUACACCAACGAAAUUAGGCCAAAUUCUGGCAGGAAGUGAAGAUUGCCAAGGAGAAGGAGCUAAAAAUAUUCUUUAUGAAAUGGGAAUUUUUCUUCAGAUUCAAGACGAUUUCUUGGAUUGCUACGGAGAUGCAAAAGUAACAGGGAAAAUUGCAACAGAUAUCCAAGAUGGGAAAUGCACGUGGCUCGUUGUAACAUUCCUCCAACGCGCCAAUAGAGUUCAAAAGGAUAUUCUCAAGAAGUUUUAUGGAAAAAAGGAUGAAGAAUCCGUUGUGAGGAUUAAACAAUUGUAUGAAGAUGUUGGUUUGCGUGAAGCCUAUAGAACCUACGAAGAUACAGCCUACAAAAGCAUCAAAAGGGCUGUUCAGGAGACGAAUGGGAUUCCUAAGAAAAUGUGUGAAGGCCUAAUGGAUAAAAUUUAUAAGAGAAAAUUAUAA